AUGGGGCAGCAGUUCAGCUGGGAGGAGGCGGAGAGCCGCGUGGUGGACGUGGCAGAGCUGCAGGAGUGGUACAAGAAGUUCCUGGAGGAGUGCCCCAGCGGCACGCUCUUCAUGCAUGAAUUUAAGCGCUUCUUCAAGGUCGCAGGCAACGAGGAGGCCACCCAGUAUGUAGAGGGCAUGUUCAGAGCCUUCGACAGGAAUGGGGACAACACCAUCGACUUCCUGGAGUACGUGGCAGCCCUGAACCUUGUGCUGAGGGGCACCCUGGAGCACAAGCUGAAGUGGACCUUCAAGAUCUAUGACAAGGACCGCAACGGCUGCAUCGACCGCUUGGAGAUGCUGGACAUCGUUGAGUCCAUCUACAAGCUGAAGAAAGCCUGCAGGGUGGAGACAGAGGCCGAGCAGCAAGAGCAACUGCUCACGCCCGAGGAGGUCGUGGACAGGAUCUUCCUUCUGGUGGAUGAGAACGGAGAUGGCCAGCUGUCCCUGAAUGAGUUCAUAGAAGGUGCCCGUCGUGACAAGUGGGUGAUGAAGAUGCUGCAGAUGGACCUGAAUCCCGGUAGCUGGAUCUCUCAGCCGAGGCGGAAAAGCGCCAUGUUCUGA